AUUGCCAAUGAGUCAUGGUCACAAUGGUUGGGGGCUGGGUAGGGUAGAUACGGGUCAGCAGAUGGGUAUUUUAUAUUAGUUUUCAACUCUGACCUCAGCGCACUAAAUGCUGACCCCACGGAUUGGAUUGAUUGGGGCCAACCAUCAAGUGCUUAGUCACCGACUGACUAUAACUAACUAUAAAGUAGCCAAGUAGUCGGGUGUUCGCCUUCUUCGUCAAACAAUACUCUGUCAGAUAACACUCAAGAAAAUGGCUGUCGGUAGUUGUUUCUGCGGCAAGAUUCAAAUCGAAAUGAAUGGCCAGCCCCUGACGUCGGGACUGUGCCACUGUCUCGACUGCCGCAAGCUUACCGGGUCAGUUUUCAGUUACAGCCAUGUCGUCAAAACCGCAGACCUAAAAAUCACGGGAAAUCCGAAGGCAGUGGCCAAAACAUCGGACAGUGGAAAUCACAUUCGGAAUUAUUUCUGUCCUGACUGUGGCUCGCCGCUUUUUGGCCGCAGGGUAAACCCCGAUGGCGAACCUUGGGAGAAUACAAUCGUCCGGGGGGGAAUCUUCGAUGACGAACGAUUGUUGAAUGAUCGGAAACCGGACGCGGAGUUGUUUACCACCAGAAGAGUAGAGUGGGUGGCUCCUGUCGAGGGGACUGCCCAGUUUUGCGGCAUGUUGCCGCUGCCGUGAGCUACCCAGGCUUGUCGUGGGCUGGCUUACUCGUGCUGGGGUCGACGUGAAUGUGUGGUGCGUCAGGUGUCAGAUCUGGCACCAUCACGCCUGCCCAGGUG